AUGAUGGGCUACGGGAGCCAUCCUUUCCAGCAGCAGCAGCAACAGCCAUCGCAGCAGCAAUCGCAACAGCAGCAGCAACAGCAACAAUCUACGUCUCAAGCUCAACAUCCGCUGGGCCCGCAGGCCCAGCAGCAGCAUCACGUGCAGUCGCCGUCGCUGGUUGCGACGCCCAAUCUACCGCAACAGGCCCAUGGCAGUCCAUUCACCAGUAACAAGCUGCCCUUUCAGGCACGGCAGCAGCAGAGCUUUGCAUCCUCGCAAUCGCCAGACUUGCGGAAAAUGACAUCGACGCCGUCGGGGGGCCCGCUGCCGGGAUAUCCCACCUCCGCGAGCUUCCCGCAGUUUCCUGGCCAAUUUCCCCCCCAGGGUGGCUCUCCAAACCUGAUAUCGCGGACUUCAGAUCCCAUGGCCCUACAGAACUUGCAACGAGGCUUCAACCCGAUGGCCCAGGCCCAGGCCCACAUGCGCCAACAGCAGCCGGGGAUGAGUCCGUCGAAUGCCAUGCCCCAUGCUGCGCAAGGUCUGAAUGUGAAUGUUUCAUCGCCUCAGCAAUCGAUGAAUCGCUUGCCGCAGCAGCACGCGGGAAUGCACCAGCGGGACAGUCACGCACAUGCACAUCCCACCGCCAGUCCCGCCAUGGCCAGCCCGUCUAUGUAUGCCAUUAAUCAACAGCAGCGACAGCCGCAUUCGCAGCCUCAGUCCCCGCAGCAAUCGCAGCAGCAGUUGCAGCAACAUCAGCAACGGCAUCAUCAGCAGCAGGAGCGCCUCCAGCAACAGAGGAUGGAGCAUCAGAAGCAAAUUCAGCAACAGCGGCUUGAGCAGCAAAGGCAGAUGGAGCAACAGCAACAGAUGGAACAACAGAAACAGCAUCAGCAGAGGCUAGAGCAGCAGAGGCUUGAACAGCAGCAGCACGAGCAACAGCAGCAGCAACAACGCUUGGAGCAGCAACGGCUUGAGCAACAAAAACAACAGCAACAGAGGCAGGAACAGCAAAGACUUGAACAACAACAGCGCGAUCAGCAGCAAAGGCUUGAGCAACAGCGGCUACAAAAACUGCAGCAACAGGCUCAAGGUCAAUAUUCGUACCAAUCACAGCAGCCUCAAUACCAGCAACCCGGUCAAGCCCCGUUCCAUCCAUCUCAAUAUCAGCCUCAAGCACAAGGUCCAUAUCAACAUACCCAAUUCUCCCAACCGCCGCAGCAACCUCAAUACCAGCCACAGACCCAAUUCCAACAAUACCAACCGCCACCUCACCCGUCGCAAGUGCCGCCACCACAUGCAUCGGUUCCGUCGACUGCUCCGGCCUUCGCGGAAUCUCCCGCUAAGCAAGAUCGGCAAGAGGAGAAGAAUCCUGCGCCAAAGAAGAAGGCUAAGCCCCGGAAAUCUGGCCCUGCACACACUCCCACUCAAACUCCCAACCUACCUCCUUCUCAGCUUCCUCAUCUACCGCCUACUCAGCCCCCUACACAAACACCUGCUCAACAUUUCCCUACUGCCACAACUGCUCCUUCUAAUGGGGGCCAGCAGAUGCCCGGUAUGUCGGCUGCGGUGCCCGCCCAGCCAGGGUCAACCCCGCGUCGCCGUGGACGACCACGCAAGGAAGAGGUAGCAGCCAGGGCGGCGGCUCAGGCGGCUCAGAAUGGACAUCCGCUUCCUGGGACUCCUCAAACUGGACAGUCCUCCUUCGCGGCAACAAUGACUCCAACCCAUGCAGCCUCUACAGAUUCCGAACAGCCCUCAGCCCCGUUGCUCGGCCCGGAUGGAAAACCCGUGAUCGGUCCAGAUGGAACUCCUCUUCCUUUGAAGCGAAAGCGUGGUCGGCCGCGCAAGGAGAUACAGCUUGCUUACGCAGCCGCAACGGGCAAGCCGCUACCACCACCCAAACCCAGAAAACCAGCCGCUCCCAAGAAGCCCGGCACUGGACGUCCGCGAGGACGACCCCGUAAGGUGGAUGUGGAAGCUGCUAAAGCUGCUGCGGAGGCGGCUCAGGCACAGCAAAACGGUCAACAGCCGUCGUCGGGUGAAGGUGUAAUGGAUUUCAAUACGGGUCAGCCACACACGGCGAAUAUGGCUGUGAAACACACUGGUCCCGGGGCGGAGGACGAUCCCAGCAAACGUGCGAGGCAGAUACCGCAGCAGGCGCAAUUUUCUCAGCAGGGCCAACUGCCCGCUCAACCAGGCUCACAUGGAUCGCACCCAGCUCAGCAAGCGGGUCAACUGCCAGCUCAAUAUCUGCAACACCAAACCCAGCAUGGCCACGCCCUACCACCACAGGGACAACACAUGUCAAUGCCGCCACAUAUGCAAGUACACCACCAUCCAUCGCCCAUCCACCCUCCACGACCCCCACCACCUCAUCCAUACAUGCAACCCCCAGGCCCAGGACAGCCGUCGAUGCCAAUGCAACACCAGAUGCCGCAGCAGCAGCAACAUCCAAAUCAGCACUCUCUCCACCAUCAGCAACAGCCCUCUCAUCCCCAGGGCUCGCAGAUGCAGCAGCAACAGAGUAAACCACCGGCGCCGCAGCAUCAGAAUCAGCACACAUUCCAAGUGCAGCUCCAGCCUCAGCCGAGUUAA